CGUCCAUGGCCAGUCCGGCAGCGGCGGCCCACGGAGAAACGGAGGAACGCGAUCUCCCCGCGGCGUCGAUCGCCCCGACCAGCUCUGCGGGGCGGGAACUUCCGGGGUCGCCCCUCACUUCCGGCUCCUGCCCUCUCGCGAGAGGACAGCUGUCCCGCGGGCGAGGCGUUGCCGUGGAGACCCGCGCGUCAGCGGCCGUCUGUGAGGAACAAAAGAAGGGGUGCACCUAUUCAGUCCCAAAGGCUAGGGGCAGGUCUACGGACAGGCCUUCCCGAGAGCCUGCGAAGCCUCCAGACACUCAGCCUGUGGAGAGCUUCCAUCAGGAGGAAGAGGCGGCCAAGCAGCAGCGGCCUUCUGCAUCUGGAGUCGAAGAGACACCUGAUGUGAAGUCGAGCAGGAAGCAGGUUGCCGUUCCACAGAUUGUCAUCACCAGAGCCUCAAAAGAGACUCUCAUCAGCUACAGUUCCAUCAGAAGUGAAGAGCAGACAACUAUCCAGGAGCGGGCAGACUGGGGCCCCUACCACCGACACAGGAACCCCAGUACAGUAGAUGCCUACGGUCCACAGAUCAAAGAAGAAACAGGCGCCCCAAAUCGCUGUCGUGAGUCACUAUGCUGAGUCUCAGCGAUGAUGGCAGAAGGGUCACCCUGCCCUGUGGGAAGCUGCAGGUGCCCCUUCAGUAUACGAGGUUCCCCUCAGUGACCACUUUGGUCACACCUCCCCAGAGCAGCUGGCAGUUUGGCAGAGGGCAAGAGUGACUCUGGCUCAGAGUGGACUUUGUGGUAAUAAAUGGAUAAAUCCGUAUA